UGCACGCAACAGUCACACCCCCUUUCUCUGAACACCGCAGACUCCAGCCGACACACACGCAUAUGCACACACACAUUUGACAUAAACUGGGCACUACAGUGCAGGCACACAGAAGACAAGGAAGAAAUUGUCUUAAACUUUGCAUUAUUGAACCGCGCUGCCUGGAUGUGACGCGACGACACUGAACCACAACGCCGACCGUUUGAGGUGGGCUGGCUGCAGUGAUGUCCAGAUCCACAAAAUCAGCUUCAAGGUCUCGGAGCCGCUCAAGGUCUCGGUCAAGAUCCCGCUCAACAUCUCGCUCCAGAAGUCGCUCCAGAUCUCGGUCAAGGAAGCGUCACUACCGCUCUAGGUCUCGGUCAUGGUCACGAUCUCGUUCUCCACCUCAUAACCGGGAGAAGAAAUAUCCAAGAGGAUACCAGCAGAACAACCGUGAGUUCCGGGGCUACCACCGUGGCUUCCGGAGGCCGUACAACUUCAGGGGCCGUGGGCGGGGCUACUUCCCACGUGGACGCUUCCAGCGUGGUGGUGGUGGUGGUGGUGGGGGAGGUGGCUAUAACAAUAACAACAACUUUCGCCCCAACUGGAAGAAUUACAAGCAGUACCCUCAGAAACAGCAACAACAGCGGCAAAACCAUUCACGAGGACGCUCUCACAACCUCCAGCAACGCUCAGGAAGCCCCCCUUGUGGUAACUCUCACCGCUCUGACCGAUCUUCCUCGCCAUUAUCCAGACAAUCGCAGCAUUCUUCCUCUUCUUCACACUCUUCCUCUCCCAAAUGCACACCAGCCUUGUUGCUGACUAAUCAAAACUCCAAAGAUGUAAAAGAGGACCUCUUGGCCUCCAAGGAGGUCCAAAAGGGUGGAGGAGGAGGAGAUGAAGAGGCAGUGGAGCUUGUCGGUGAGUUGGCAGGAGAAACCAAAGAAGCCACAGGCAGUGGGAAAACUGAGGGGACCUGGCAGGGCCUGACAGACUGCAGCAGCAGUCCAAAGAGAGCGAGUCCUCUGGCAAGCUCUGCUGUUACUGUUGGUCAGAGCAGCCAAACUAAUAACAAGUCUAGUCCCUCCCCUAAAAUCACAAAUGACAACAGCAAUAGUGCCCCCUCAUGGAAGACGGUGUGUAGUUCAACGAUGACAAAAAAGCCCUCACAUGAAGGACUAAAUCCAAUGCUUUCCAGCUUUGACUUCUUCUCCAGUGAGGAAUACCUGGAUGGAGAUAAAACAGCAAUCUCCAUUGCCUUCAGACAGUUUUUGGAGGAGCAGCAAAAUAAAAAAGCUAAAGCUUUUGAAAAUGGCAGAAGCACAGAAGCAAAUGAUGUGGAUAUGGAACAAGGGAAAGUGAAUGGCAAACCAUCCACGAAUUUCUCUGACUCUGUGUCAAGAAAGCACAAAGAGGACAUUGAUGGUGAGGUGUCCCUGAGCAGCUUUUUGAAAGCUUCUCCUUUUCUGUCUGCUGACGGGGAGGAAGAGGAGGAGAUGAUUACCAAGCCUCAUUCAAAAUCACUUCACAAAGACUGGCACAAUGGGGACGAGUCCUCUAAGUCAAAGAUCAGGGUCACCCAGUCAGCCCGGGGAUUGUUUGAUGAAUGCUUUAGCAAAUGGCAGAAUGUGGCCUAUUCACAGGUAGCUGACAGUGACCUUGACACCAUGACAGAGGACAUGCAUCUUAGUCGAAAGCAGGAUAAAGCAGCGGCCAUGGUUGCUGCCUUUGCCAAGAGUGAGUCAGCAGGAAAACUUGAGGAACUGUCCCCAAACAUGAGUGGCAAAGCCAGGAAGAUGGCAAAAUCUCCUUCCACCGCAUCUCCUACACUGCCACCAAGGAGGAAUUCUGACAGAGAGCUCAGGGGAGAGGACUCGCCUUUCAUGUCCUCAAGAAAACAAGAAACAAAAUUAAAUGUCAGAAUGGAUUUUCUUGGAGAUAGCCUGAUCAGCUCUGAUAUUUUAGCUGAAGAGCGACAGUUGUCUCAGGAUCUUGUUCAGGCCUCAAAAAAGGAUCAGGAGUUUCGCUCUAUCUUUCAGCAUGUUAAGGCUGCACAGUUACAGAGGAGUCCCUCUGAGCUGUUUGCUCAACACAUUGUCACCAUCGUUCACCACAUUAAAGCUCAGCACUUUCCAUCCUGUGGAAUGACUCUAAACGAGCGAUUCACCAUGUACCAAAGAUGCGCUGCAGAGAAGGAAAUGAUGAAGCCAAGAAAAAGCCCAGAGAUACACAGGCGAAUUGAUGUUUCACCAAGAGCUUUUAAGAAACACUCUCAACUUUUUGAGGCGAUGAAAAGCUCAGAGGAUGGCACUUACAAGGAUGGCGGAGAAAAAAUGAAGGGUGACCCAAUGGACCUUCGUUUGGAUAUUGAGCGCCGUAAAAAAUAUUCCACCCAUGACAGAGAUUAUGCCCAGGAUCAGGGGAGAGAUAUGGGAGACUCCCCAGAUUCUAAUAGGGAGAGAACUGAGGAAAAGUUCACCAAAUGCCGUGAGAAAUCAAAGAAAAAUAGGAGGAAGCGCUCUCGCUCAAGUUCGUCCUCGUCUUCCUCAUCCUCUAAGUCCCAAAAAGAAGAUUUGCCUCAUGGCAAGUCUGAUUCCAAAGAUAAAGGCUUUAACAGGGCCCGACUGGGUCAAAGAGAGUCACCAGGACCAGCUGAAAGAGGAAGACCACGUGGAGGAUUUCAAGUCCGAAUUCGUGGAAGGGGCUGGAACAGAGGCAAUUAUCAGGGAAACUGUUCACAAAGUAACAACAUGGCAAACAUGGCAGUACAUCCAAAAAAUGAAGACUGGGACCCAGAGUACACUCCCAAAAGCAGAAAAUACUACUUGCAUGAUGACAGAGAACGGGAAGCAGAGCACAAAUGGGUGGAAAACCGAGGACGAGGACGGGGAAGCUUCUCACGUGGAAGAGCGAGAUUCAUGAUCCGCAAAGCCACUGGGGGCCCCAACACCAAUAGCCCCAAAUGGGCCCAUGACAAGUUCCAGAUCAACGGGGAACAAGGUGACUCCGGGGAAGAGGAGACAGAACAGGACCACAAAGAAGGAGAAAUGGACGGGAUGAAUACUUGAGCAGUGAAGUCGUGAAAUCUUAAUUUUCUUUUGUGUUGUUAAGGGAUUUGACUCAGAUCCACCACAGUGGAUUCAUAAAUGCAGAUUAAAAUGUUUUAAGACUCUUUUAUGCUUUAACUUCAUCUUAGGAUACUCACUUUGACUUGGCACAACAAUUUUCCACAUUAGGAUAAAACUCAUAACUAGUGGAAGCACUGUUAAAGGGUGAAUUGCUGUUUCUCAUAAAAAUGUCAUACUUUUUUGCUUUAUGUGGAUAAGGUGAAUUUUAACGUACAAUAUAACGUACAAUUACAUCAUAGAUCAAAUCAGCUUGUGCCUUAUAGUUGUGCAAAUGAAGAUAUAUGUUGUCUAUAGGUUACAAAAUAAUCUGGGGUUUUUUUUGUUGUUUUUUUUCUUCAAAGCAGGUUUGUUUUGAGCUGUUUCUUGCCUGGAUUAAAAUGACAGCAAUAAGUACACUGUAGCUCAUGUUGACAUAAAAAAAAAUCACUGUUUUAGCCAUAACAACACUCUAGAAGUGACCCUGAUCUGAUAUGGGACCAAACUGUAUGGGGUCACAGGUUAUGCUCUUUAGUCUUUAAUUAUACAGAUUCCAACAGAUCUACAAUACUAGCUAACGACAUAGGUGACUGUUAUUUUAAGGAUAACUACCUGUACAUUUAAUAUGUUACUCACUAAACAUUUUUCUGUCAAACAUUUCUAUAUAUUACAGUAGCUCUUUGCUUGGUGUUGGAUAGCACUAAUCAACAUGUAAUAUUGAUAGUGAUUAUACCUUUUUUCUCCAGAGACAUUCAUUAUAGUUUUUGUACUUGUCUAGGCAGGAUUUCGACUUUGUCUGUAAAGGAAUUGCUAUAGAUUUUUGUUGUGUUUUUCAUUUGCUGUUUGCAAACUUUUCUCUAGCCAAUAAUGAUUUAAUUAAUUGUGUAAAUUGUGUUCAACUGUGUCAACAUUUUGAUAAAAGAGGCUCAAACUUAGCAGUUGUUCAGUCUGUUGUGAAUAAAAAUAAGAAUAAAAAUAUUAUUUCAGUGAUUAGGCUCACAUCUGUUCAUCUAACUGCCCAUAAAAUUGCAUUUUACAAAUUUUGUGCCUUGCUGUGGAUCCACUGGUCUUAUUUUUACAAUGCAGGCCUACAUGUUGAGAUUCACAUGCAGUUGUUUAAAGGUUACCUGCUUGGGAAAUAUAGCGUUUUUUACAUAGGUGUUGUUACUGUUUUUUGUUAGAGACUGUAAAUUAAUUAAAGAGACACUGAUUACUUUAA